CAGUGACCCACUAAAGGGAAAUUUUCAAAGAAAUUAUUCUUUUGAUUACCAGACGAAAACAGGAGCUGUGGAAGAUUGGAGAAGAGCUUGCAGACUUUAGCUGUUCUCUUCUCUUUUUCCUCUUACACUCUUUCUCUGUCGCUACAGCCUACAGUUGGGGUUGAUGAUUUUGCCUUCUUGUUGGAGUCUGUAGAGGAAACUUUUAGUUAAGCUUGUGUCUUUAUCUGAGGGUUUUUUGGGUUGGAAUUCAAUUAUUUCUCAGAAGCAAUACCAGUAGUAUAGUCUAUUUCAAAAUGCCGAUGUAUCAGCCUAAUACCAAUAGAAGAGGAGGAAUAAUGAAGCUAGAUGUAGGUAGUGGUGGGCAAGUGCUGGAUCUGGAAACUGCUGUUAAAGAUGGCAUUUUAGGUGGCACUGGUGGUGGAUUAAUUUCCACGGCCAACACGGAGAAAUUGGAUCUGAAGAAGAUGAUUGAGGAGCUUGAAUCGAUGGAGGUGCCUUCUGUGUUUAUUUGUCCAAUCUCAUUGGACCCAAUGCAAGACCCAGUGACUCUCUGCACUGGCCAGACUUAUGAAAGAUCCAAUAUCCUCAAAUGGUUUUCUUUUGGCCAUUGUACUUGCCCUACUACAAUGCAAGAGCUCUGGGAUGAUACGGUAACACCAAAUAGGACUCUGCAGCAGCUGAUUUACAGCUGGUUCUCGCAAAAGUAUUUGGCUAUGAAGAAAAGAUCGGAGGACGUGCAAGGUAGGGCUAUUGAGCUUCUGGAGACUCUAAAGAAGAUUAAGGGUCAAGCUAGAAUUCAAGCUUUGAAAGAGCUCAGGCAGGUUGUCGCUGGACAUGCUACAACUAAGAAGACAGUGUUAGAUAACGGUGGGGUUGCUCUGGUUUCCAACUUAUUGGGUCCUUUAACUACUCAUGCUGUUGGGUCCGAGGUAAUUGGGAUUCUUGUGAAUUUGAAUCUUGAUUUCACAUCGAAAGCCAAUUUGCUGCAGCCUGCAAAGAUUUCUUUAAUGGUAGAUAUGUUAAAUGAGGGUUCGAUUGAGACCAAGAUUAAUUGUACGAGAUUGAUUGAAAUGUUGAUACAAGGGAAGGAAUUUGAAUCCGAAAAUGUGUCCAGCUUGAGCCUUGCAGUUGGCUUGUUGAGGUUAGUGAAAGAUAAGAGACACGCAAACGGGAUAUUGGCUGGACUUGGCUUGCUAAAGAUUCUUUGUUCGCAUGAGUCUUGUCGGAAUUCAAUUGUCAGCAUCGGUGCAAUCCCUCAAUUAGUGGAGCUAUUGCCUAGUCUGAAUAAUGAGUCCCUAGAAUUGGCACUUCAUAUUCUGGAGGUUCUUUCAACUGUUCCAGCGGGAAGCAUAGCUUUGAAGGAUUGUGUUCGUACAAUACCGAAUGUGGUUAAGUUGUUGAUGAAGGUUUCAGAGAGCUGUACUCACCUGGCAUUAUCAAUAUUGUGGGCAGUUUGUCAGCUUGCACCAGAAGAAUGUGCUGCACUUGCUGUGGAGGCAGGUUUGGCAGCUAAGCUGCUCCUGGUAAUACAAAGUGGUUGUGACCCCGUGUUAAAGCAGAGGUCGGCUGAGCUCUUGAAAUUGUGUAGUCUAAAUUAUGCAUCUACUAUCUUCAUAUCAAAAUGCAAGCUGACCAAAACAAUACAAUGAAGAGACUGCCUUUUUGUGUUGAUAUGUCCCAUAUAUUUUUCCUUGGCCAAAAGGCAAAGGGAAUGGAGCCUGAUGGAAUGGGGUCAAUUGGGGGUUUCUGAGGUAUCCCGUGUAAAUUAAAGAUCGUCUGAUACAUUCUAUUGGUUUCACGUAAUAGAACAUCAUAAUGUGGAUAUAGGAUAAUUUCAUACUUUGCAGUUAUUAUCUUUCAGUCCACCAUCUACAAGCUGGUAUUUGACCGAAAAGUUCCAAUAAUUCCCAGCCAGGUUGUUAUUGAAUUGGACUUAUUAUUUUCACCAAAGUGGCACAACUCUGGUCUCUGCUUCCAUGAUUGUUUCCAUGUGGAGAGGUCUGUAAAUUGUAAAGUAUGUAUAUUAGAAUAUAUAUAAUGGUGGUUUGCAGGGUGUGGAUGGUGAGAAUCAAGAAAGAGCUAAGGGUGGGGAAUUUUUAUAGGCAUCUUUCUCAAUUGUAAUUCCAUAUUAAUUUUGAGCUCCCCAUUGAUCCUCAAUUUUUUUUUGUCCUUCAUUUUUAUGGUUUUGUGGGGUGGGAAAGCAUAUGUUAAAUUUCACCUUGGAAAAGGUUAUUUCACCUUAAAUGUAGAUCUUUUGUGCUUUCAAUGUAAAAUCAUUCAUAAUGAACUUCUACUUUUAUUUCGUUAACUA